GCUCUCAGUGACAUUGCAGCGCAAUGAUCGGUGUGAUCCAAAGUUGACUCAUUGACUAUAUUCAUUAAGAGUGUGAUUAAAAACCAUCGAGACAUAGAAAAAAGGAAGAAUUGUUUCGAAGUUAUUGUUUGGUUGUGAAAAUUGCUACCACACUGGCAACCCACAUGGCUCUGGGACUCAAUCCCGGCCUGUGUUCCGGCAGUUCGGGACCGGGCUCCGGCGGGCACUCGGAUACCUCAUCAUCACCGGGUGUCAGCACGGUGACCAUGCCAGUGGCACCAACGCCCAUCAUGCCCAAUCCGAUGUUUGCUCUACCGACGCUUAACUUCACCGUUACCCAAGUGGCAGCCGUGUGUGAAACCUUAGAGGAAAGCGGUGACAUCGAACGAUUAGCAAGGUUCCUCUGGUCGCUACCCGUCGCGCAUCCCAAUAUUGGUGAGCUGAAUAAAAGCGAAGCUGUUCUACGUGCGCGGGCCAUCGUCAGCUUUCACAGCGGCAACUUCCGCGAUCUAUACACCAUCUUAGAAACACACAAAUUCACCAAAACCUCGCAUGGUAAGCUACAAGCAAUGUGGUUGGAAGCACACUAUCAGGAAGCUGAAAAACUCCGUGGGAGAGCACUAGGUCCAGUUGAUAAAUACCGCGUGCGGAAGAAGUUUCCUCUACCUAGGACCAUCUGGGACGGGGAGCAAAAAACACACUGCUUCAAGGAACGCACGAGAAGUUUACUCCGCGAGUGGUAUCUACAGGAUCCCUAUCCGAAUCCUACCAAGAAACGAGAAUUGGCGCAAGCGACGGGACUCACUCCGACGCAGGUUGGGAAUUGGUUCAAGAAUCGACGGCAGCGGGAUCGGGCAGCCGCAGCUAAAAAUAGAAUGCAACAGCAACAGUUAGCCGCGCAAUUGGCGCACCAUGGCAGCGGGGCACGACCACCUCCACUAUCACCAGCACCUCACACCUCGGACAGUGAUAGUGACAUCUCCCUAGGUGCACAUUCGCCUCCGAUUAGCUCACCAGGUCCAAUUAGUUUCCGUUCAUCAUCGCCUAACCCACUCACAAGCUUCAGAUUCGGCCCGCAUUCACCUGGACCCAUGCCACCGCAAUUCCGCUUCGGAGGUCAUACAGCUCCUCUCUUCCGGUUGGACACUGGUCAAUCACCACCUUCGUUUCUUGGCCAUCAAUUCAACCUAGGUCAAAAAUAUCGACCUGACUCACCGCCUGAAACAGCCGCGAAUUACUCACGCACCGAUACUGAUAGUCCCAUCAACGUGGAUUCCACUGAUAUUAAAGAUUCUUCGGAUGAACAGACCACGCUUACAAGACACUCACCACCAAUGAAUCUUCGUAUUUCUGAUCACAUCCGAGGCGAUAUUCGUGUACCCGAACCAAUGCGGCUCACACAACCGUUGAGUAUACAAGUGGCUAAGCCACGACAACUACCGCCGCCGCAGACUGCGCUCACGGGGGCGCCGCACACCGGUAUUGUUCGAAUAGCGCCGUCCACUCCGCCGCCCAUCACGCUGCAUCGACCCUUCUCGCCGCCGCGCCUCACGUGAUACGAUGCGGACGCUGGCUGUGAAUAUGUGAAAUAAACGAUGCAAUAUUAAUUCUUACGGCUGGUGGUAAAUUCUUAUAAUCAACGGACAGUGCUUCAAGUGCUGAAUGUUUGUGUUUGUAUAAUGAGAUGUAGAAAUCGUAAUAAUCGAAUAAUUGGAUAACUGGGAGUGAAAGGUUGAAAUUAAACUUUAUAGUCAAUGAGAGGCCGAACAAUGCACACACUGAUACACUGAGACACAUGCACCCACACACGCACAUGUAUUUAUGAUGAAUUUUUUUCAAUUGAAUAGUGACUUGUACAUAACCCUAGCUACCAUUUUAGAUA